AUGACCUGGGUUAUACUCCAUCCAGCUGAAUUCAAGGUGUACCCUGAUGACACCAGACUGACUGGGGAAGCGGACACUUCAGAAGAGAGAACCACCCUGCAGGAAGACUUGCAGACGCUGGAAGAGUGGGCUUACAAGACCCUUAUGAAGUUCAGCAAGGACAAGGGUAAGGUCUCACACCUGGAAAAAGGUAAUCCAAGAGGGCAGCACAAGCUGGGAUCUACCUGGCUGGAAAGCAGCUCCGUGGAAAGUCCUGGUGGACAGCCAGCUCAAUACGAGUGCACAGAAAUUCUGUCUGGAGUUGUGGUCAUAACGAGUAAGGACACAGUCCAGCACCAAGGUAUCUCAUUGACAAUGGAAGGAUCAGUAAAUCUGCAACUUAGUGCCAAGAGUGUGGGUGUGUUUGAAGCUUUCUAUAACUCUGUCAAGCCUAUUCAAAUUAUUAACAGCACCAUUGAAAUGGUGAAACCAGGGAAACUUCCCAGUGGCAAGACAGAAAUUCCAUUUGAAUUUCCACUGCAUGUGAAGGGGAACAAAGUUCUGUAUGAGACAUACCAUGGUGUCUUUGUUAAUAUUCAGUAUACCCUGCGGUGUGAUAUGCGACGUUCUCUGCUGGCAAAAGACCUAACUAAGACUUGUGAAUUCAUUGUCCACUCCCUGUCACAGAAAGGGAAGCUGAUGCCAAGCCCAGUAGACUUCACAAUUACUCCUGAAACUUUGCAAAAUGUUAAAGAGAGAGCUUCACUUCCAAAAUUUCUCAUCAGAGGCCACCUCAAUUCGACAAACUGCAUCAUCACCCAGCCGCUAACAGGGGAGCUGGUAGUGGAGAGUGCAGAGGCUGCAGUCAAAAGUAUUGAGCUGCAGUUAGUACGAGUGGAAACCUGUGGGUGUGCUGAAGGUUAUGCCAGAGAUGCCACAGAGAUCCAGAACAUUCAGAUUGCUGAUGGGGAUGUCUGCAGGGGCCUACCCAUUCCCAUAUACAUGGUGUUCCCCAGGUUGUUCACCUGCCCCACCCUGGAAACCACAAACUUCAAAGUUGAGUUUGAAGUUAACAUCGUUGUCCUUCUACAUGAUGAUCAUCUCAUCACAGAAAACUUUCCACUGAAGCUGUGCAGGAUGUAAAUAGCCAGAGGAGAAUCACUUAAGGAUUUAUGGAAAAAAGACAAAAAUCUUCAGAGGCGAAGUUUUAUC